AUGAUCCCCUCAACCCCCCCAAAUAUCUGUGUCCUCCCAGUUCUCCACUCCCUGCGUUACCUGGAAGUUGCAGUGUCAGAGCCCAGCCCAGGGAUCCCCCAGUACAUGUCCACUGCAUACCUGGACGGGAUCCCCCUUUCACGCUAUGACAGCGAGCGGGGCCGGAGGGAGCCACUGACGCAGUGGAUGGAGGACGCAUUCGAGACGGAAUAUUGGGAGACGGAGACCCAGAUCUGCGAGGGAUGGCGGCACGUGGAGGCCAGGAACCUGGAGAUAGCGCGGAAGCAGUACAACCAGAGCAGGGGUCUCCACACACGGCUGUGGAUUUAUGGCUGUGAUCUCCUGUCUGACGGGAGCAUCCGUGGAUCCAGUCGACUCGGCUACGAUGGACGGGAUCAUGUCUUCUUUGACCCGAAAUCUGGGAAAUUCAUACCGGCCGACAGUUCUGCUGAGACCACCAAGAAGCACUGGAAACAGGAAGGGAUUGACGCUGAGCAUUGGAUGAAGUUCCUGAAGCACAAAUGCCCUGAAGUACUCCGUAAAUACGUUGGAUACAGUCAGAAGGAGCUGGAGCGCAACGUGCCCCCUGAUGUCCAUGUGUCUGGAAAAGAGGAACACGGGAUGCUGAUCCUGUCCUGCCACGCGUACGGAUUCUACCCCAACACCAUCGAAGUCAGCUGGAUGAAGGGGGGUGAUAUCUUGGAUCAGGAGAUGGAGCAGGGCAGGAUCGUUCCCAACAGCGACGGCACCUUCCACACCCGGGCCAGAAUCGAGGCGCUGCCGGAGGAGCGGGAGCAGUACCGGUGCAGGGUGGAGCAUCCCGGAAUGCCAGAGCCCGGGAUCUUCACUUGGGAGCCGACAUCUGGUGGGAAUCUCACCAUGGUGGUCGCUGUGUCCAUCAUCACUGUCAUCCUCAUGCUCAUUGUCCUCAUCGGAUUCGGCGUCUGGGAGCUCCAAUCCGGGAGGAGGGACAGGAAUGGAUACAACCCGGCAGCCGGUGGGUUCUAGUGGUGGAUACAGCUCUAGAUCCCCUUUGUGCAGAUCCAGGAUGGAUCCUGGGGUUAAUCCUGAUGUGUUAUCUGUGCUGGAAU